ACAUAUCGUUUUUGAGGCAAAUUAAGAACUCCCCAUCCAAAACUUCCGAUAGAAACUGCAGUUCGGAACAACGCAUUUUAACUCGUCUUCGGAUUGGAACCACUAGACUCACCCACUCAUAUGUUUUUGAACGCAAACCACCACCUAUAUGCACUUUCUGCGGUGUACAGAUCACGGUUCAACAUAUUCUUGUGGACUGCAAAGGAUAUGAAUCUUCCCGGAUCAAACACGGAAUACAGAAUAGUUUAACGGAAAUACUUCAAUAUAAUGGACACAGUGAACUAGCUGUACUGAAAUUUCUAAAGGAAUGCGACUUGUUUCUGAGUAUCUAAACACUUAUUGAAAACCACCAUCUCUUAAAAGACACGAACGACAUAAAAGUGUUAAAGUGUCUCUAAUCAAGCCAAAAAAAAAACAUACCGACAGAAAUAGCAACUUGCGGUGGGCUUGGUCUAAGUGUGCAAGUUUUCGAGCAGUUAUUGUGCAAAAGGUGCGAAAGUUUCACGCGCGUUGCGAUUCGAUUCGAUGCAUCAAAAAAUAAACAAAAUGAUUUGCCGUUGUUGUGCUAAAUAUUUUACGGAAACGUUAAUUCCGAUAGCUGUCCUAUCUGAUACGCACCGAAAACCACUUAAAAGUAUUAUCAAUUUUAUCGUAGAUGAGGUCCAGGAAAAUGAGGAUCGAUUCCCACAACAAAUAUGUCAAAACUGCUUGGAACAGUUACAACUAUGUUAUAAUGUAUUGGAACAAUGUCGUAACGCUUUCGCCCAACGUUCAUCAAAAGUAGUGCAAAACAAGCGGAACUGCCGGAGUUGUAUCAUGUGCAAUGUCAGCAAUCCACAGAAAUUAUUCACAAUUGAUUGUUUGAUCACGAAUUCGAAACAUAAAAUUCGUGACAUGGUGAAUGAACUUUCACCUGGAGCUUUGUUUCCAAAAACAGAGAAUAAUGACGAGGAGAGUUCUUUUCAAGUUUGCUGUAGAUGUGCGAAGAAUAUGAAAGAAUCCUACAACUUCAAAAUGAAACUGACCGUUGUAGGGGAAACAUUCAGCCGACAAUAUUUGCAUCCUUGGGAACUGAUGGAUUACGAUAUACCCGGUAGUCUUGCUGUUGAUUUGUAUGCUGAGUUGGUACCCAAAUCUAAAGGCUACGAAUGUUCAGUGUGCCGAUUUAAUGUCGAAAGCACAAUGUUUGAAAAAACUUGCAGCGGAUGCUUAUUGAAUUUCAAUAAUUACGAACAGAUUUGUACCAAAAAUCAAGAAGAUUGCAGCUCAACUGAACAGUUCAGCGAAACAAAUGAUGUGAUUAUUGAGUAUGAAAAAUGUGUUAUUAAAGAAGAUAGUCUAUCGAAAGGAUUGGAGCUAAAUUCAGAUGAUUUUGAAUACGUUAGGAAAAGGAAAACUAAAUUCAACGAUAGUUCAGAACGUGCAUUAAGAGCGACACUUGGCGGUCCCUCAUCCAAAUAUGGCUUUGUCUGUGCACCAUUUAGAGAACGAACCUGUCUCAAAUUCAUAUGUUGCGUAAGAAAAUGUCAGAAACAAUUCCUUCGAGCGUCAUCGUUAAAGACACAUUUAUCCAACCAGCAUAAACCAAUCAGUAGUAAACCCGGCCACUGUCAAUAUUGCAAUUUAAAACUUGUCAGAGGAAUCAAUCACAACGCGAAGCAAUGUGUAAUGUUUUCCUGCAAAGUUGAAGGUUGUGUAUACCGUACGACUUCCAGAAUUGUCAUGAAGAGUCAUAAAUUGCAUGAUCCUAUAAUUGAUAAAAAGCAUAAAAGGAUAAUCGAAAAAAAGAAGCCGAGUACAGAAAAUGCUUACACGUGUUCGGAAAAGUCUAUGUUCGUAUGCUGCGCUCCGGAAUGUACAAGUAAAUUCACUACAAGUUUACUUUUGAAGGAACACCAAACAAAUAACCACAGAUUCACAGAGUGCCUGAGCCUAAUUGGUUGUGGCUAUUGUGGCAGAAAUUUUGACACAAUUACCGCAAAAACGAAUCAUCAACUUCAAAAGUAUAAGAUAUUUCGGUGCAAAGAAAGGCACUGUAGCUUUGUUUCUAAGAAUGAAAAAAUAGUUCAGCUGCAUUGUGUAACUGGUUUUCAUCAACCCAAAAGGCAUGUUGAAGGCGGGUUUGAGUAUGAUCCCAACUUUUUUACGGUCAUUGGUUCUCUAGACAAAUGUAUGGAUGUAUUACGAUUGGAUGGAGAGAAAUGUUGCGGUUGUCAAAAAAUGUUCAGCUCUGUUGUCGAUUUGGAAAAACAUAUUGAAAAUACUCACAAAACGGAUGUGAAGGCUGACUUCCAGUGUGACAAAUGCUACAAGGUAUUUGUGGAUCCUAAGCUUGUCUCUCGCCAUCGUCUCGGUUUUGAGUCUCAGAAGAAAUAUUAUCACUGUCGUAAAUGUGAUAAAUUUAUGUGGUACUCAUACUUAGCCAUGCAGCACAUAGUUUCGUCUCAUGAUAUAGAUGAUCAAAACGUUAUACCAAACGAUGAUCGUUAUCAAGCAAUACACGAUGAUGGUCACAUGUGCUGUUGUUGUAUGGAACGGUUUGAAACUAAAGAAGAGCUCAAAAUGCAUUGUGCAGAACACCAGAGUAGAGGCGCACCAAGUUCUAAUGAUGUAACUUACAAAUAUAAGUGCGAAAUAUGCAAUAAAAAGUUCGAACAGCUACCUGCGUUUAUGCGCCAUGGAGCCGCAUUCAGACGCAAAGAAGUUUUUCAAUGUCUGAUUCCAAAUUGUACCUUUAAAACGAAAGAUCUACUAGAGAUUCACAUACACGUAGAGCUCGGUAAUAUAGAAAAAGUACAUCGCGAUACGAAUGGGUACACGUUUUCAACUGCUGCUGAUGAGUCCCACUGUUGUUUUUCAUCUUGCGAUCAUCAGAGCGGUAGCUACAACGAUCUGGUAGAACAUGCUUUGUCAAAGCACUUCCCUGAGCGGGAGGUCAACAAAAAGUGUAAUGAAACCUAUUUAAUAGGGUGCCCAAUUUGCUGCAAAGGGUAUCGAAGCUUUGCCUUACUUAUGAGACACCGAAAUUUUAAAAGUAAAAAUUCAAAACUGAAACACUUGAAGAAACAGCAGGUGAUCGACGCUGCAAAACCCAGAGAGAUGAUCAAUUGUGAAAUUUGCCAUCGAAGUUGCGAGAAAAGUAAACUUAGUAAUCACAUGCACAACAAUCAUGCUGUUCGUAAGAGCUGUGCACUUUGUGGCAAAUCGUUCAACAAAUAUAACUUAACACUACACAUGAUAAGCCACGAAAACAAGCGUAUGUUCGAGUGUGACCAGUGCCCAGCAACGUUCAAUUUAAAAAGUUUUCUGAUCAAACAUGUGAGAAGUUGUCACAGCAACGAGAGACCUUUUCACUGCCGACAAGGUUGCUCGAAAACUUAUAAACACGCUGGCGAUCGUGAUCGACAUGAGAAAACUGUACAUUUACGCAUACUGCCGUGGAGCUGUGAGUUGUGUGACAGUUCAUUCGUGCGUGAAAGAGAUCUUCGAAUUCAUCAGCGCAAACAUACGGGUAUCAGACUGUUUCCUUGUAAUUAUUGCAAAGCUAGUUUUGACAAGAAAAGUGACUUCAACGAACACCUCUUGGAACACUCGGAAUAUUGUGAAGAUCAGUUUACACCUGAAACGCUAUAGAAGAGUGUAUUUAAAUCUGCCCUGUUAAAUACAGUUAUAAAUCCGUAUUUAUAUUGCAGCUGAAUUCUUGCACUUUAGUUAACACCGAAAGUCUAUAGGUAAAACAGUUUGAAUUACUUUAAUCAAUGUUGUUUAAAUAUAGUGCAGAAAUGCAACCCCAAUUAGAGAAAAAAAAACUUCAAAUCUCAUAUAAAAAAAAUUGACACACACAGGAUCUGCAAUAUAUAAACGUUUCCAAAGUUAAAAUUGUCCUGCAGGACAUUUAAAUUGUUAACGAAAAGGGAGUGAAUACGAUGAACACAGUAGAGCCCUUCUUAUCGUCAAACUUCAUCGGAAAAGUUCUCUGUGGGAUAAGUGUAACCUGGGUUUCCAGGUCCCUGAUUAGUCAGUAAAACACAGACUUUUGACCCUUCGUUCAGAUAUUGCUCAGGCACAGAUUCUGCCCUGAUUUUUGCUCGAUUUUACCGAUUUUACAGACUUAAAAUGGAAUGGAGAGAUCAAUAUAAACAUUCAUCAAUAAAUUUCGUUACCGUUUAGACAUUUUUAAAAAAUCAGUACAUUUUAAAGGUAAUUUUAAAAAAUCAGGACAAUUCAAGCGUUUUUGAAAAAUCAGGACGGCCUCUCGAAAAUCAGGACAAAUCCUGAAAAAUCAGGACACCUGACACCCCUGUUUCUCUCGCACAUCAUGAUGAAUCUAGUAUGGUGGUCUCACAUAUGCCAAAUCGCACGUUCAGCCAUAUUGAAAAAAGUUUUGACAGCUGGCUGAAGUGUUUACGAAGAAGGAGGUCCAGGGAUGCCAGGUGUUUGAGAUAAAA